AUGCGUGUCUAUCAGUGCCGAGAACGCAUCCAGGAAGAAAUGCAGCCGGAAGAGCAAAUCGAGGUACAAGCAGAGGAAGAAGUGCUAGAAGAAGGAGCUAACGCAGGUAGAAGAGGGAGAGGAGCAGAUACAGAAAGAGCGAGGAACCACAUACGAGUCAAUCAAAGAAUACACCACUUGGCGGUGGCAGAGUACACGGAGAAAACUAGUGAGCGAGUGAAUAAGUACCUCGAAGCCGUCGAUAGGGCUCCCACAGAUCCUGGUGUUCGGGAAGCCGUCUUUUUAUGUUGGCUUAUAUAG